AUGGUGAAACUCGACGAGUUCGACAUCGAAUUGACAAACCCUGAACACGCAUAUUUUGCUGGACAGGAGAUUUCAGGACGGGUAAUCCUUGCCACUAGCGAGCCAAAGAAAAUCAACGAAAUCCUUUUGGAGAUCAAGGGUCGAGCACGAACGUAUUGGACGAAAGAUCGAGGAAAAUCGCGAAAGCACUGCGCCCACUCGGAACCAUAUUUCCUUGAACAGUUCAACACGAACUACACACACAAAUUUGGUGCCGCCAACGAGGAGCGAAUAUUGCCACCGGGACAUCAUGAAAUCCCCUUUUCGUACACUCUCCCCAAAUCUCUUCCCACUUCAUUUGAAGGAGAAUUCGGAUUUGUUAGAUAUACGAUAAAAGCUCUUUGUGAAAGGCCAUGGGAUUUCGAUAUUGUGGCGAAGAGGGCAUUUACUGUAAUCGGUAUUGAGGAUAUCAACAGUGAGCCAAAGUUGUGCGAGCCAGUGACCUCGUCGGAAUGCUCGACAGCGAUCGCGUGGUGUUGUCGAGGAGCCGGCUCCGUCACCGCCGAGAUCUCACUCCCAAAAAGUGGCUACACACCUGGAGAACCUUUAUCAAUAUCUGGUAAAGUUUCUAAUGAGAGUAGCCGAACGAAGACGGUUUCCUUUCGAUUUGUUCAAACGAUCCAUUACAAAGCGAAAACCUUUGCGGGUCAUGAAGAAAUGAAAGUUCAGCAAAGGGUGAUCGCAAAGAUUCCAAAGGGUGAUGUGGGCGGGCACGAGACUCGUUCUCUAGCAGCUUUACUUCCACUCCCUUCAUUGUGCCCUCGAUUAGGAAAAUGCCGAAUAAUUUCAAUUGCUUAUACUGUAGAACUUGAAGUGGAUCAAACAGUGACCGCUUCGGUGCCAAUCGUCAUCGGUGCAAUACCAUUGUUAUCAGAAUUACUUUCACAUUCGAAGCAUCGAAAUGGGAAAGCAAGAGAAAGUGUUGAACAAAGAGAGAAUCGAUUGGAUAGCAAAGAUAAUGAAUCGGGAGCUGUUCAGGUGACAAUAACGGAUGAAAGUGGACGCACGGUGGACUCAGUGGAAGCGGAUGCGCUUUCGUCGGAACUCGACGCUCUGUUGUCGGCAAGGAAAAGAGUCCGAAUGCCUUCAUCGAUCCUUUCCGAACUCUAUCCAACGCUGCCUAGUCCCUAUUAUCGAGAAUCAUCAUUUGGCGGUGUGGACAUUUCUGACGAAAAAGAGAGCUUUCAAUUCGGCGAGAAGAAUUUCACCCCAAAAUAUCCUUUCUAUACCGAU